AUGGCUAGACCGGAUAGAAUCCCAAAGGUCAAAAAAACCAAAGAUCCAAAUGCUCCAAAACGUCCACUUUCGGCCUAUCUUCUCUGGUGAGCAUUUCCUAAACUUUAUCGAAACCAAAAAAUAAAAUCAAUAUUUUCAGGUUGAACGAGAAUCGCGCACGUUUAUCGAAACCAGGAAUGCCAGCUUCAGAAGUUGCGAAACUUGGUGGCGCGGAAUGGCGACUCCUUGAGGACAAAUCGAAGUGGCAAAACUUGGCAGUGGAACUCAAAGCGAAAUACGAAAAGGAUAUCCAAACAUACAAGGAAACCAAAACUGAAUAA